AUGAAUUUGGAGACUCAAUAUGGAGAGUCCGAUGAUUCGGAGAAAGAAGUGUUUUCAGACACCCCGACGCGGAGCGUUCCCACAACGGCCGACUAUGGAAGCUACGAUCUGACCACCUCGCCGUAUACAGCCAAUGGCAGCCCGUUGCGUUCGUGGUCCAGAGAUGCGAGUGCUCGCCGGUCGCGACGUGCAGCGCGACUCCAGAGCGUCGAGAUACUCCGUGCGAAGCUCGCAGGAUCACCCAAUGGGUCUUCGGACGAGGAUGAUCAGCAGGAGCAGCUCGAUAUCGACAAAACAUUGAAUAUCCUUCCAAUUCCCAAUUUCACCAUCAAAAACACCUGGCGAGGACUCGAUACCAAUCCCAGAGUGUCCAGUGGGUCGAAGUCGGCGUCUGGAUACAACGAGGUUGAUGUUUUACGGAAAGAGCUCACUGAUUGCAGAAUACAGUUGCGACUCCAAAAAGAACUGCUGUUGGAGAGAUACGGCGAGGAGAGCUCUGCGAUGGAGUUCUUGCACCGGCAGUUCAAUCAGGACGAGUCUGAGCGCGAACAGGAACAUUUGAAGAAACAACUGGACGAUCUGGUAUCUGCUUUCGAGGGACUGCAGGGCCAGCUGGACGUGUUGCAACGCGACCACCAGGAGUGGAAGAGAGUCGCGGACGAUAUACUGGGCGUUCUCGAGGAAGGCAAAGCUGUCCCGAGCGUGAUCAGGAAUGCCAAGCAGGGUGGACUGGGAGCGAAAUUACGCACCAUUGGACUGGAAACCGAACGGCUUGUUGGCCAGCUGGAGUCAAAUUCCAAGUCUCCUCGGGACGAUGAUCUCCCUUCAGCGGAACAGGCUGUGUUGCAACAAGAGAACGAGAAAUUGCUUACGGAAAACAGCCAAUUGAUGCUGGAACUCAAUAGACUGAAGGCCGUCGAAAGCGAGCUCGCGAAAUCAAGAGAUUUAGAGAAACAGUUAGAACAAUUGAAAAUAGAGACGGAGACCUCAGACAAGGCCGUCAUCAAGCAGCUUGAAGAACAGCUGAAGUCUUACCGGGGAAUUGAAGAAAAGUUGAACAUCAAGGACGUUUCCUACCAAGAACUGGAACAGUCACAUCAACUAGCUACUCAGCAAAUAGAGCAACUACGACAGGAGAAAGACACGCUCGAGACCAAGUUUAACGAACUCCAGCAGAACAAGGUGGAGAAAUCUGACCAGUCAGUUGAUUCAGCUGAGCUCUCUGCCCUCAAGAAAGAUCUCGAAUUGUCGCUCAUCAAACAACGACAGAUCAACUCUGAAAAAAUCAAGCUUAAUUACAAAAUAGACGAACUCUCACAGCAACUUGCUAAACAGAAAAAUUACGCGUCCGUUGCCAAUCAGAAGUGGAACGACUACCUCACAAGCGAUGUGAACUUCCAAACUCACCUUAUCCAAAUCCUGAGCGACAUUUUGGACAAAAAGUCUAUCAAGGAGGCAGCUGCAAAGAUUUUGCAACUUGCAAACCGCGACGAGCUCCGGCUGGACGACACAGACACCAUGAAACUACGGGAGACCAUUUUGGAAUACGACCUGGCUGCAGUGCGCACCAUUGUGGCCGACCAUGGAGAGCUGAGCAAACAGGUCUCUAUAGAAAAGCCUGUCGGAGACGAAUCGCUAAGACUACGCAUAGAAGAACUUACCAAAAGAUGGAAAAAAGCUGAAGAAACGCUCGCUUUUGAAAGGAAACAGUCAGAGAAGCGGUUUCAAGAGCUGGAACGUGAAAAUAGAAAAUUACGACAAUAG